AUGGAGCACGACGACGACUACUUCACGCCGCAGCGCCACGGCCACCACAGUGUUGGCGCGCAAAUCGACUCCGACUCCGACAUGGCCGCCUCGGCCGCCGCCUCGUCCUCGCGGGCCGCCAUGCUCUCCUCGCCCGUUACGCGCACCCGCAAGCCCAGCAGGCUGUCGCGCUCAGGAGUGCCACGGCCCAUCAUCACGCCCACGAGCCCGCUCUCUGCCACCAUACCGCACAAUCUACUCCCCUCUGCGCCCGCAUCGCCGCCCACGCCAGCCCCGAGUCCCACGCCGACUCAGCGUGUCCCCGACUGGAGCACAGCCGCCGAACAUGAAGACUCGCACAUCAAGGCCAUACGCGGCCACUUUGGCGACAUGAACCGGGCCGAGCGCCUGAGAUUGCUGGGAGAGCUGCUCAACCUGUGCGACAGUCAGGAACUGAGCUUCGUCGCCGAAUUCGUUAGCCCGAGGUUGAAAAAGGACCCAUUCCUGGUCCUGCCCACCGAGCUGUCUCUGAGGAUCCUCGAAUGUGUCGACGACCCUACCACGCUGGCACGAGCCUCGCAGGUCUCCAAAAAGUGGCGAGAACUAGUCAAUGACGACGGCGCCUGGAGGUUGCUGUGCCAGAAAUUUUCCUUCAGGCAGCUUUCGCACGAAGAACGAAACGAAACGCACUCGCCCGGUGACGACAUGGACACCGAGCCGCCGUGGGCACAAGAACCAGACCGCACCUCGAGAGCCGAUGACACACCUACAAACAAGCUCCUCCAGGCAGCCUCACCCAGCGCGGCCACUGGAGAACUACGAACCCAAAGCCUGGACCGGGGCGCAAAGAGGUCCACUUCACAACGCAAGUCCAAGGCUAUCACGUACCGAUCACACUUCAAGCAGCGCUACAUGGUCGAAACAGCAUGGCGCAACGGUGGUGUAUGCGAUGCCCGGCAGAUCACCCCAGACCAGGGCGUCGUGACCAGUCUGCACCUGACCAAAAAGUAUAUCGUUGUCGCCCUCGAUAACGCAAAGAUCCACGUCUUUGAUACCGUUGGCGAUCACCAGAAAACACUGCAAGGCCACGUCAUGGGCGUGUGGGCAAUGGUUCCUUGGGGCGACCUCCUGGUCAGUGGUGGUUGCGACCGGGACGUACGAGUGUGGAACUUGGCUACAGGAUGUCCUCAAUUCACACUCCGCGGACACACUUCGACAGUGCGAUGCCUGAAGAUGUCCGACGCCAACACCGCGAUUUCCGGCUCCCGCGAUACCACCCUGCGGAUCUGGGAUCUCAAAAAAGGCAUCUGUAAGCACGUGCUCAUUGGCCAUCAAGCCAGCGUUAGAUGCUUGGAGAUUCAUGGCGAUAUCGUCGUAUCGGGUAGCUACGACACCACGGCCAAAAUUUGGAGCAUUUCCGAAGGCAAGUGCUUGCGUACACUCACGGGCCAUUUUAGCCAGAUUUACGCCAUCGCCUUCGAUGGGAAGAAGAUUGCGACAGGAAGUCUGGACACAAGUGUCCGGAUCUGGGAUCCAAAUGACGGGAAAUGCUUGGCUGUGCUACAAGGCCAUACGUCGCUCGUUGGGCAACUCCAGAUGCGCGACGAUAUCCUCGUGACAGGUGGAUCAGAUGGUUCGGUUCGGGUCUGGAGUCUAGCCACUUAUCAGGCAAUUCACAGACUAGCGGCCCACGACAACAGUGUGACCAGCCUACAAUUCGACAACACCCGGAUAGUCAGCGGUGGCAGUGAUGGCCGAGUCAAGGUCUGGGACCUGAAAAAGGGCACUCUUGUUCGGGAGCUUAGCACGCCAGCUGAAGCAGUAUGGAGAGUUGUGUUCGAAGAAGAGAAGGCUGUCAUAAUGGCUAGCAGAGGCGGGCGCACCAUCAUGGAGGCAAGCGAUCAAAGUCUCUUAUGCGACGGUAGGCUGACUCCAUUAGGUCUGGGACUUCUCCCCACCACCGGACGAAGAUUUUGAUACACCACGCUCCGGCAGCCCAGUAAGCAUGCCCGACCAUCUGGACCUCGAACACCCUCGACCUCAAUCUGCUAUUCUUCCUCGCACAACCCCAUUUGUUCUGGAAGAGCAUGGUGGCGGCGACGUUACCAUGGUAGAUGCUGGCGAGGUCUGA